CGAAGAUCUUAGAUCCUUAUACAUACUCACAUUCGCAGAAAUUAUCUUUCCAGUUUGCCUUUUCGUUCGAGUCCACCAUCUUACCCCUUCUACUGAGGUGUGAAUAGGAUGCUCCAUUCCAUCUACGACCUGACUACCUCUUGUCGUAAGACUACCGGCGAUGUUCCUGCCAAGCUCGUGGGUGCCUCAACAACAGUAGUGGGUUCCAAAGUGUAUUUGUUCGGAGGACGCCUGGUCACAGAACGUAGAAUGGUCUCCGACUUGUAUGCUUUCGACCUUGAGACCCACGUAUGGGAGAAGAUUGCUCCUUUUCCUCAAGACGACAUCCCCAAGCCUCGAUAUUUUCAUAGCACUGAUACUUGGAACAAUCAGUUGAUCAUCUUCGGAGGUAUGAGUAACGAACCUAAUUCGCCAAAUCCCGAAGAACUCUGUGUUUUGAGUGAUGUCCGAUUCUUCGACCUCAAUACUCGACAUUGGAUUCCGCAAUCACAGUUCUCGGUUCCUGUUUCUGACUCCCUGGUGCCGCGUGCCCGUUACGCACAUCUAUCAUCCGUUUCUGCCGACCGUUUGUUCAUCAUUGGAGGACAAGAUUUUUAUAACACAUGGUUGGAUGAUAUCUGUGUUUACGACCUUCUAGGAAAGGCCUGGGUCCAACAACGAGAUUACCCACGACACUGUGGGACCUAUCGAAGCAUUGCAGUUUCAUCUUCUCUUUGCGUUCGAAUUCCUCAGGAAGAGACGCGUAACUCACAAACACCUACCGACUUUGGACCUCCUGGAACGCGUUUCCGGGAUAACUCCAAUUCAAACCCUGCGGACUAUACCUCCUCUGAGUCCCUAACGCACAUACCAUACUCUACGACGCCCACUGAUGAUCAUCCUGCCGACAUCUAUCUCUACAGUAACUACAACUUUACUGAUGUCAAGCGUGAAUUGGAAGUGUUCUCACCGCUUCCCGAUACUGAUUUCACCAUACAAGAACGAUCUAGUGCGAUGAACGGAACAACAUUCCCUCCAGGUCUCCGGUUUCCCACAGGAGCAAUUCUUGGCACACACCUCAUAAUUGCUGGGACAUACCUCGCUCACAGUUAUCAGUCGUUUUCAAUAUGGGUCCUCGACCUUCUCACCAUGACAUGGUCUCGUAUAGAUCCUGGAAAAGCUGUAGAAACUGGCUCGUGGUUCCGUGGGUGUGUCUGGCCAGAGCAGAAUAAAUUCUUCAUAUUUGGGAAUCGUAGUGGAAACCUUGUGGACGAUUAUAACCGAAGACUGCUAAGCUGGGAUCAUGUGGCUGUAAUUGACCUGGAAGCCUUCGGGAUAUACCAACCACCGCCGUUGAAGAUGGAUAUUCCGAUGCAGGAGCUCGGAUUGGCUGCACUUGAAGAAAAUGUUCUUGCAGAUUUCGAAAUUGUUUGUGACGAUCGUCGAAAAAUCCCUUGCUCGCGGCGGCUGCUGGAAGAGCGGUGGCAGUGGUUCAGUGUCCAACGCAAACAGUUUCUUGAGAAGGCUCUAUCAACUAGCGAGUCCCUGCCAACCUCCCCUAUGCAUGUGGAGGUCUCAGAACUACCUGGUGCAGCCCCAGCUUAUGAACGACCUGACCCAAGAUUAACCCCUCGCGCACUUCAUCUCUCCGAGCCCUAUCCAAUAACUCUGGCCCUGCUACAAUAUUUCUAUACCCUGUCGCUCACUACCCCCCUGCAACUUGCUCCAGCCGUUCUUAGCCAACUUCUAGUUCUAGCUACGAAUUACCAAAUUUCCCAUCUCGAGGCGUUGGUAAAGCACGCGAUGCAUCGUGCACUGUCAAAUUCGACUUCCGUAGGUGUGUAUGAAGUUGCCACACUCUGCGGAUGCCGAAGUCUACAAAUCCGGUAAGCAAAUUCACUGCCAUAUGGCCAAAAAUCUAUAAUUUGCUCAUUUCUGAAUGAAUUCUUUUUUCAGCGCGCUGAAGACUGUAAUGGUGAGAGGUCAUUUCGUAUU